CUGGCUCAGGCUCCUUCCCCUCCUCUGGGCAGGGCCUGGCUGUGGCCAUUGGCUCCCCGAGAUCCUGGGCUUGCCUGCACCGUGUAAAGGGGGUGCUAGGAGUUGCUGCUCAGACGGCUGCAGCCCAGGGCAGGUGGAGCAGGGAGUUGCAAGGAUGGGGGCACUCCAGUGGGCUCUGCUCUUCGCACUGUGGAGCUUGGUCGCAGGAAAACGCUGCAAACUUUUAAGCAAAAUCCCUGAAUUUGGAGAUAUCUACCAUGUCAAAGGAGUCAUCAGCCUGCCGUACGCCGAAAUCGAGGAGCCCUUCGAAGCCUGGUACAACCUGAGCGGAGCAAAGAGCCGGAUCCAGUACUACCACGGGCAGGUGAUAACUUACCAGCUGGGAUCGGUGAAGCCAUACGGUACCAGCUACAAGAUUACACCGGAAACUACUGAGACGGAGGUGAACGUCGAGAAGUGCUUCCGGCUCAAUGGCACGAAAGAGAAGCUCGUCAAGCCGCAGAGCGUCUUUCCCCACACACGUGGCUUCAAGUUCCUGCGGGAGGAGUACUUCAAAGGGCAGUACUGCAGCGUGUGGCAGGACGUGUCCAACUGGGGCAAGAAGAAGAACCUCUACACCCUGUGGGUGACUAACACCAGCUGCGGCUGGACCCCCAUCCACUACGAGAUGCGGGGUUACAACAGCGUGCUGGGAUCCCACUACGACAAGUACGAGAUUGACUACAGCGACUUCACCCACAGCUACCCGGCCUCUGUCUUCAACCUCCCCACCAACAGAACGAAGUCCUGUGGGGAGCUCCCUGGGUUGGGAGCAGAGCGCUGGAUCCUGGCCAACCCCAUGCAGGACUUUGUGGGGCAGCAGGAGGACCGGUCCCACCAGGUGUUCCACCACUACCGGCAGACGUUCGGGAAGAGCUACGACAGCGAGCAGGAGAUGGAGCACAGGCAGCACACCUUCACCCACAACAUGAGGUUCGUCCACUCCAAGAAUCGGGCCAACUUGUCCUACAAGCUGGCGCUGAACCACCUGGCCGACCGCACCCCGGAGGAGAUGGCUGUGCUGCGGGGGCGGCUAAAGAGCGGGGCCCCCAAUAACGGGCAGCCGUUCCCGUCGGAGAUGUACACUGGCCUCAUCCUGCCUGAGAUCCUGGACUGGAGGUUGUACGGUGCGGUGACCCCAGUGAAGGACCAGGCCGUGUGCGGCUCCUGCUGGAGCUUUGCUACCACCGGGGCGAUGGAGGGGGCCCUGUUCCUCAAGACUGGAGUGAUGACCCCGCUGUCCCAGCAAGUCCUGAUCGACUGCUCCUGGGGCUUUGGGAACUACGGCUGCGACGGUGGCGAGGAGUGGAGCGCAUACGAGUGGAUCAAGAAGCACGGCGGCAUCGCCAGCACCGAUUCCUAUGGGCCGUACAAAGGCCAGAACGGAUUGUGCCACUACAACAAGUCUGAACUGGUGGGCAAAAUGAAAGGCUACGUCAACGUCACCUCGGGUAACAUCACGGCCCUGAAAGCCGCCAUCUACAAGAACGGCCCCGUGGCCAUCAGCAUCGACGCCUCCCAGCGGUCCUUCUCCUUCUACUCCAACGGCGUCUACUAUGAACCCAAGUGUGGUAACCAGACAGGUAACUUGGACCACGCAGUCUUGGCUGUCGGCUACGGCGUGCUCCAAGGGGAGCUGUACUGGCUGGUGAAGAACUCCUGGUCCACCUACUGGGGUAACAACGGCUACAUCCUCAUGUCCAUGAAAGACAACAACUGCGGGGUAGCCACGGAUGCCACCUACCCCAUCCUGGAGUGAGCCCCGGCGCCAAAACAGGGCUCACCCACGCCAUCCUCGCCCCACCUACAAGGGUUACCAGGCCAGGGCUGUUGUUUUGCAGGCCGGUGUGG